AUGGUCAGUGCAUUUCAAGAUGAAUUGGGUGGUUUAGAUCCGACCUUUUUGAAAGAAAAUAGUGAAUUAGUUGAAAAUUGUAAUCAAUUAGAAUGGGAUGAUAUUAAUUCUUUAAAUGAUGUUGUUUCAAGUGUUGAAAAAGUUGUAUUGAGAUACAAGAAUCCUAAUCAGCAAAUUAAGAAUUGUUUAGAUUCGAUACUGAAGAAAAUAUUAUUUAGGUAUCCUUUAUUGUUUGGAUAUUGGAAAAAACUGACUGCAAUUAGAUACCAACUCUUUGGGUUAGAGAAAUCUAUAGAGACACUUAGUGAAGCGCUAGAGUUAUUUCCUGCUUCUUUAGAAUUGUGGUGUGACUAUUUAAAUGUUUUAUGUGCAAAUAGGCCUAACGAAGUUGAAUUUAUAAGGGAAAAAUUUAUGAUCGCUAAGAACUUGAUUGGAUAUCAAUUCCUUUCAGAUUCGUUUUGGGAUAAAUACAUUGAAUUUGAGUCUAAAAAUUCAGAUCCCAAUUCUUUGGUAGAUAUUUAUAAAGAAUUGAUUACGAUACCAUUGCAUCAAUAUGCUAGAUAUAGUACAGCUUUCAAGAAAUUGCUAUCUCAAAAUAUGAAAAAUGACUUUAAUAUAACAGAAAAUGAUAUUGAUAAAACAAUAAAAUCAACACAAUUACAAGUCAACUCUAUAUGGCCAUUCGAAUCAAGAAUUAAACAAUCUUUUUUCAAUCUAACACCAGUGAAACAGGAAGAACUUGAAAAUUGGAAUAAUUAUUUGGAAUUUUUAAUCAGUAGUAAAUCUACGAAUAUAAAUAUCUCCAAAAAAUUUAUUGACUCAACUUUUGAAAGAUGUUUUAUUCCAUGCCAAUUUUACGAGCAUUUUUGGUCAAAAUAUACUGGUUACUUAAUAUCAAGUAAUGAAAAUUAUUUAAAAGUAAUUGAAACCUAUGAAAAGGGAACAAAAAUUCUUCCCAAAGACUGUAAACAAUUACGUUUAGAUUUUAUUGACUAUUUGAAGAAAAAUUUUAAACUUAAUAAGGACUAUAUUUUUGAAGUCUUUGGAAGAACCAUUGCCUUCUUGAAUUCUAUUUGGCCAAAUGAAACAAAUUUAAUUAUGGAGUACUUAGUGAUGUUGAAAAGAUAUAAAUAUAGCGCUGAAUUGGACCAGACCGAUAAAGAAAUAUUAGAAAAACAGACUGCAUUUUCAAAUUAUUUAAACAACAGCAUAGAGAAUUAUCUGAAUAAGAACAAUAAAUUUGAAAGUUCAUUACUUCAAUCUAUUAUUAAUGAUAAUAACAUCUCGGUAUUAGUAGUGGAGCUAAUUAAAAUCAAUUGGCUAGUGCUGAAAAAUACAAUGCAAACCAUAAAGUAUUUCAACCAGUUCAGUAAAAAUCCAAUUUUUCAAAAUUCAGUAUCAUUCUGGUUAAUAUACUAUAAAUUUGAAAAAAAUUGUAAGAACUUUACUAAAUUAAACAAAUUCAUAGAUCAGCUAGGAACUCAAAUAAUAUUGCCUACUCAGAUCAUGAAUGAUAUUCUAGAUGAUUACAAAUCUUUUUAUCUUUUAAAAUCCAACAUAUCUGCAUACCAAGCAACAACAACGAAAAGACUUCACUCGAACGAAUUAUUAAAUGACCCAAUCUUAUUCAAUAGUAUAAAAUGUAACAAUCCAAAUCCGAAUAAUUUUUCGCUGACACUUAAUGUAAGCGACUGGCAUAAAACAGUUAACUACAAAUCUAACGGUCACCCAGGCAUAAUAGUUGAAAAACCACAAAUUACAAAUCCCAUUAUGGAGCAAACCUUAAAGUCAUUUAACAACACUGCUCCACCACUACCAAGUUUUAGGAAUAUAGAGAAGAUUAAUCAUCCAAUAAAAUAUGAUGACGCUUUUUCAACUAUUUACCUACAAGAAUCUACUAAUUAA